GCGCAUUUUCAUUUUUCUAUCUUCCUCGACCUAGGGUUUUUGGGAGGAGAGAAUCAGAGCCGCUGCAGCCGCCGUCACCAUGGUGAAGUUUCUUAAACCCAACAAGGCCGUCAUCGUCCUCCAAGGCAGAUAUGCCGGACGCAAAGCCGUGAUCGUGAAAUCCUUCGACGACGGCACACGUGAACGCGCAUACGGCCACUGUUUGGUUGCAGGGGUAAAGAAGUACCCAAGCAAGGUUAUUCGAAAGGACUCCGCCAAGAAAACAGCCAAGAAGUCACGCGUCAAGUGCUUCAUCAAGCUCGUGAAUUACCAGCAUCUGAUGCCCACGCGUUACACCCUCGACGUGGACUUGAAAGACGUGGUCACCGUCGAUGCUCUUCAGACAAAGGACAAGAAAGUGGCUGCCUGCAAGGCAACUAAGGAGAGGUUUGAAGAGAGGUUCAAGACUGGAAAGAACAGGUGGUUCUUUACUAAGCUUAGGUUUUAAGGGUUUUGUUGGUGUUGUCGCUUUUGAGUUAUUAUAUUGUCAUUUUGAAGAAAAGAAGUUUGAGUUUUAUCUAGUGUCUUGAACAUUUUGGAUUUGAAUCUGUUCGGAUGAGAUUUUUCUGGGUUCUUAUUUUAGUUAUAUUUUGAUACGUGAUCUGCUCAUUUCUGUCAGAAAUUUAUGUUUUUGAACCUUUCUGCA